CUUUUCCUUUUUCUUUCUCGUCUUACUAUAUAAAGCUUUAUUAAAAUAAAUCCCCAGAGAGAGAUCCUUCUAUUAUACUUCCAGCCAAUUAAAACCGUCUUCCUUGUGAACUUCUCUUCUCUUCUUCCCUGUCUUUUCCUUUUACUCGAGGGAGUUGUGUAUACAGAGAGGGAGAGGGAGAGUUUGUGGUGGGCUGUUGUCGGAAAAUGACGUCAGAUGGGGCAACCUCGACGUCAGCUGCAAUGGCGGCAGCUACAAGGAGGAAGCCAUCGUGGAGGGAGAGGGAGAAUAAUAGGAGGAGAGAGAGGAGGAGGAGAGCUAUAGCUGCAAAAAUAUUUACUGGGUUAAGGGCUCAAGGGAAUUAUAAUUUGCCUAAAUAUUGUGACAAUAAUGAGGUAUUGAAAGCUCUCUGUGCUGAGGCUGGUUGGGUUGUUGAAGAAGAUGGAACUACUUAUCGCAAGGGACACAGGCCACCUCCUAUUGAGAUAGUAGGUACUUCGACGAGGGUAACCCCAUACUCAUCCCAAAAUCCUAGUCCACUAUCUUCGUUGUUUCCCAGUCCAAUUCCUUCCUAUCAAGCCAGUCCCUCCUCCUCCUCGUUUCCUAGCCCUACUCGUGGCGAUAACAAUGCCUCUUCUAAUCUCCUUCCAUUCCUUCGAAGUGCCAUUCCAUUGUCUCUUCCUCCUCUUCGAAUCUCAAACAGUGCGCCUGUAACCCCACCUCUCUCGUCCCCGACCUCAAGAAACCCCAAGCCAAUUCCCAACUGGGAUUUUAUUGCCAAACAAUCCAUGGCCUCCUUUAGUUACCCAUUCAAUGCAGUGUCUGCUCCGGCUAGCCCAACUCAUCGUCAAUUUCAUGCUCCAGCCACUAUACCUGAAUGUGAUGAGUCUGAUACAUCCACUGUGGAGUCUGGUCAGUGGAUAAGCUUUCAAAAGUUUGCGCCUUCUGUGGCUGCAGCAAUGCCAACCUCUCCUACCUAUAAUCUUGUGAUACCCGUGGCUCAGCAAAUUUCGUCUAGCAAUUUGGUCAAAGAGAGUGCAGUGCCCAUGGAUUUUGAGUUUGGUAGUGAACAGGUGAAACCAUGGGAAGGAGAGAGGAUUCAUGAAGUAGGAUUAGAUGAUCUAGAGCUCACACUUGGAAGUGGCAAGGCUCAGAGUUAGAGCGAACUAAUACUAUAUAUCAGUAAAAGUCAUGGCAAGGAAAUGCAGGAACAUAAGUGAAGUUUUCCUUUUCUGGUUUGUGGUUCGCAAGCUUGGUUUGGAAGAGCAUUUGCAGUUUGUUUCUUUGGCGCGAAGUACAUUUCCCGAAUCAAUAUUGGUUCUUGAAAGGAAGUAAAUUUUCAUGUUUAUUUAGUUUCUGUUUCUUUUACUCAUUUGAUGAUUAAAUUUACCAGCUGAAUUGUUUGGAAUGUUUCACAAGCAUUACAUGUAGAUAGUGUGGGAUAUUUCUCAGUGUGAUACAGACUUUGAAAGAACCUGCUGACAACAUUAAAUCAUUUGUUGAUGUUUUACUCCACUAA